AUGCCGCUAUUCCGCAUCGAGACCGACGACAUGGACUCGCCCGAAAUCUCCACCGGCCCUGCGUAUUUCCAAUAUUUCUUCCAUGAACUAUUGACUCCAUUCGGGUUUCACGCCAAUGAUCUUUAUUCCGAGCUCUGCUCCGUUCUGAACCCAGGACUACGCGAUUACAACCUGCUAGGCAGCUGCAAUUUCCGUCCUAAAAACGCCGCUCUCAACGCGGGAAAUUCACGCGAUACAAAGCACGCCACGAUCGCUGCCGACCGCGGUGUCAAACGCGUCGUCUUGGGGGAUAUAUCUUUUCAGACCUGGUACCACUCGAUUUACCCGGAGGAACUGGUGAACAAACAGACCGAUGUACUGUACGUAUGCCGGUGGUGUUUCCGGUAUACAUGUGACGCUGCAGCCUAUUCAAAGCACACGCGCGUGUGUACCUGCCAGCGGUCGCCUCCAGGCACCAAGAUAUACGAACACGGUGGAUAUGCGGUGUGGGAAAUAGACGGAGAAGACCAGAAGCUGUUUGCGCAGAAUCUGUCGCUCUUUGCAAAGCUUUUUCUCGAUCACAAGUCUGUCUUUUUCGACGUCACGUCAUUCCUGUAUUAUGUCCUUACGUUUGUCGACUCCAAAGAUCCCGACCACUACUACGUUCUCGGAUAUUUUUCCAAGGAGAAGCUUUCAUGGGACCCGAAUAACUUGGCUUGCAUUCUCAUAUUCCCGCCAUACCAACACAAGCAAUUAGGGAAACUUCUUAUGGGAGUCAGCUAUAAAUUGAGUGCAUGGGAAUGGGAGGGAGGACUGAUUGGUGGUCCUGAGCGGCCCCUCAGUGAGAUGGGAAACCGGAGUUACACGCGGUUCUGGGCAGAGCGCAUGGCACGCUAUUUCUUACUAGGACCUCCUGGAGGGGACCCGGACAACUUUGUUCAGCAGAAGCAGAUGGUCGCCAAGGCAGCAAAGAAAAGACCGCCUUGGGAAAGGAUGACAGUACGAGAAAUCGGCUUGGCAACAGGCAUGUUGGCCGAAGACGUGAUCACCACAUUGAAAGAAAUGGGAGUAGUGGAGCCAGAACCACCCACCAAGAGACAGAAAAAGGCCCCAAGCACGAGUGCUGGCGAUGAAGAGGGAGUCAUCAUUCGCAAAUCCAACGUGCUGGAAUGGGCCAAGAUCCACAAUGUCACUCUCAGGGAUCCUGUGAGAGAAGACGGCUUCAUUGGCGAAUGGGCUCCUGAAUACAUACAACUACGACAAGACAGUAGUGACUAG